GAGACUCUGCUCAUGUGCCAUUAGAAACUGCCGCCCUCGAGAUACUUUCUGAAAUCGCCGUUCUCUCUCUCUCUCUCUCUCGCUGCUUUCUGCAAUUCCUGUGAUUCUCUUCUUCCAUCCAUGGCGGCCUUAAACCGCCUCCUAAGAGCGAAGAGAGAAUUGUCUUUCUCAUCAUCGUAUUCAUGGAUGACUACGGAUAAUUUGUGGAGGAGCUUGUCUUCAUCUACGUUUUCUGAAGCUGCUCAGCUCCGUCGUGCCCCAUCUUCGCCGCCGCCCACGUCUAUCAAAGCAUUCUCAGUGCCACGAGAUCCAAAGGAGAGGAACGUGCAGUGGGUGUUCCUGGGCUGCCCAGGAGUUGGGAAGGGCACAUAUGCCAGCCGUCUUUCUAAGCUUCUUGGCGUCCCUCACAUCGCAACAGGUGAUCUCGUUCGCGAGGAGCUAUCCUCCUCCGGUCCCCUCUUCAAACAGCUUGCAGAGAUUGUAAAUCAAGGCAAAUUGGUCUCAGAUGAAAUUAUAUUCAAUUUGUUGUCUCAGCGGCUUGAAGCAGGAGAAGCCAAGGGUGAAUCAGGGUUCAUUCUUGAUGGUUUCCCUCGAACAAUAAGACAAGCGGAAAUAUUGGAGGAUGUCACCGACAUUGACUUGGUUAUUAACCUAAAGCUCCAGGAAAAUGUACUUCUUGAGAAAUGUCUUGGAAGAAGGAUUUGCAGCCAGUGUGGUGGGAACUUCAAUAUUGCGAAUAUUGAUAUCAAGGGUGAGAAUGGGAGACCUGGAAUAUACAUGGCUCCACUUCUCCCUCCUCCGCAUUGUGCAUCGAAGCUUAUCACUCGAUCUGACGAUACAGAAGAAGUUGUGAAAGCACGACUUCGUGUAUACAAUGAAAUGAGCCAGCCCUUAGAGGAGUUCUAUCGCAGUCGAGAAAAGUUGUUGGAGUUUGAUCUACCUGGAGGGAUCCCCGAAACUUGGCCUAAGUUGCUGCAAGCUCUGAAUCUUGAUGAUCAUGAUGGCAAGCAGUCUGCAGCUGCAUGAAGUAGAGUCAUAUGCAAUUCUCUUGAGGUGAGUGGGUCAUUCUUUGCAUGUAUGGGAUGGACAUGCACAGUAAAUUUGAAGAGAACAACAUAUAUUUUAUCCAUUUGUAUCCUAAAUAAAUCCCUCAACUCUGGUCAAUCAUUUAAUGAGAUGGCUGCUUAGUUGGGCGUUACAAGAUGUGUAACAUGAGAGGAAUUUUGUCUAUUAUUUGGCGGAUAGAAGGCUAAACAUCACCAUUAUUUUACAUGGUGAAGAAUGGUUUAGUUUGAAAGGUAUAUUCAUUUGGAGGAUUGAGUUUCAGACUCUGGAAAUGAUGGAGAUCAGUUAGUAUGUGUGUGUGUGUUACAAUAUUAUCCACCAAAAAAUUUGUGGAAAUCAGGUUCAUUGUUCAUUUUGUUGUAAGUUUUGAUGGUGGACUACUAGUAUGAAUUAUGAUAAAGAAGCACCUUGUGUGCAAACUGCAAA